GCCGUUAUUGCUGUAUUUAUUUGUACUAUCGGUCAGCAUUUGUCGAAUAGUUUCAUUGUUUUAUCAAAAAAUAUAUCUCAUCUACCAAUUAUGGUAGAAUAUUUUAUCGAUCAAGAAAAAUAUUUUUAUUUAAUUUUGUUGCACUUCUACGCAAUUACAUGCAUCGGAGGAAUUGCGGUAUUAGCAAUAGGAACAUUGCUUCUUAUGUAUUUUCAGCAUACCUGCGGAAUAUUCAAAAUUGCUGGCUAUCGUAUUGAACAUGCAAUAAACAUCAAUAUUCGACAAAAUAUUACGCCGAAAAAUAAGAUUUUGAUGAGUGAGAACAUAAUUUGUGCCAUCGAUAUUCACCGACAAGCUAUGAAAUUGUCCAAACAUUUGCAGUCUAUAAUUGAAGUAAUGAUGUUUUGUUUAAUAAUAUUUGGUGUAAGUUGCUUAACCCUAAAUCUAUUUCAAGUAAGUUUUCUGUUUCGUACUCUAAUAUGUGAAAAUGCAUGCAAAUGCUGUUCCGAAAUUAUGUAUAUUAUCAAUCCUGUUUAG